UUCUCACUUCCCUGCUAUGUUUUGAACUGCCUUCUUACAGACGUCAUUCAGCCCUUGAGGAAUAGUUUCUGCCUGGUGAGAUUGAAUGAUAGUUCUCAUUCACAAAGGCUUAGAGUCAAAUUCUCAGGGGACACAACGGAAAUUACACUGGCAGGUAAAUCGCCCCACCCACCCGAAGUGAGGAGCGCUUUAUUCCUUAGUUGACUUCUUUGCUCCACCAGGGAGAGUGUUUUCCUGUAGUCGCCCUGAAAUGAAACUUCCUUGACAGCUCUCCGUGUUACACUGCUCCAGGUUGUUUUCUGUUUCCCCCUUCUCUCUCGCUCUACCUGAGAACUUUCAGUGUGGGAAAACCUUUAAACCUGUCAUUAUGGAGUUGCAAAAAAGAGAUCAAGUGACCCUUUCACCAUGCUGGCUUUCCUUGUGACACAGAUGAAGAAUAGAUUUAAAAUUCUGUUCCUCCCUUGGCAAAGCAGGACAGAAAAGAAACUGUCAGUUCUGAACAGCCUGGUACUGGAGUGAAUUCAGCAUGAAAGAGGAAAACGCGCCUGUGGUUCGGAACCUUUCUGAUGAGCUGGACUGAGGGCACGAGGCAGAUGCCGGAAAAAGUGGAUUUCUUUCAACAGCUUCCCUUGGAAAUGGAAUAUAUUUAAGAUCUUGGCAGAAAGACAGCUGAAAUGUAUUGAUCAAAAUACUUGAAAAUAUCCUUUUUUUUUUUCUUUUUUUCUUUUCAAAAUGAGUAUUGUUAUGAAGCCAAGAUCCCGGUCUACAAGUUCCCUGAGGACUACAGAGGCGGUUUGCUUUGACGUGGACAAUGGCACAUCUGCGGGACGGAGUCCCUUGGAUCCCAUGACCAGCCCAGGGUCUGGGCUCAUUCUCCAAGCAAACUUUGUCCACAGUCAACGCCGGGAGUCCUUCCUGUAUCGAUCCGACAGUGAUUAUGACCUCUCUCCAAAAUCUAUGUCCCGGAACUCCUCCAUCGCUAGUGAUAUACAUGGAGAUGACUUGAUUGUGACUCCAUUUGCUCAGGUCUUGGCCAGCCUGCGAACUGUACGAAACAACUUUGCUGCAUUAACUAAUUUACAAGAUCGAGCACCUAGCAAAAGAUCACCCAUGUGCAACCAACCAUCCAUCAACAAAGCCACCAUAACAGAGGAGGCCUACCAGAAACUGGCCAGCGAGACCCUGGAGGAGCUGGACUGGUGUCUGGACCAGCUAGAGACCCUGCAGACCAGGCACUCCGUCAGUGAGAUGGCCUCCAACAAGUUUAAAAGGAUGCUUAAUCGAGAGCUCACCCAUCUCUCUGAAAUGAGUCGAUCUGGAAAUCAAGUGUCAGAGUAUAUAUCAAACACAUUUUUAGAUAAGCAACAUGAAGUGGAAAUUCCUUCUCCAACUCAGAAGGAAAAGGAGAAAAAGAAAAGGCCAAUGUCUCAGAUCAGUGGAGUCAAGAAACUGAUGCACAGCUCUAGUCUGACUAAUUCAAGUAUCCCAAGGUUUGGUGUUAAAACAGAGCAAGAAGAUAUCCUGGCCAAGGAACUAGAAGACGUGAACAAGUGGGGUCUCCAUGUUUUCAGAAUAGCAGAGCUGUCUGGCAACCGGCCUCUGACUGUUGUCAUGCACACCAUUUUUCAGGAACGGGAUUUAUUAAAAACAUUUAAAAUUCCAGUAGACACUUUAAUUACAUAUCUGAUGACUCUCGAAGACCACUACCAUGCUGAUGUGGCCUAUCACAAUAAUAUCCAUGCUGCAGACGUUGUCCAGUCCACGCAUGUGCUGUUAUCUACACCUGCUUUGGAGGCUGUGUUUACAGAUUUGGAAAUUCUUGCAGCAAUUUUUGCCAGUGCAAUACAUGACGUCGAUCAUCCUGGUGUGUCAAAUCAAUUUCUGAUCAAUACAAACUCUGAACUUGCCUUGAUGUACAAUGACUCCUCUGUUCUAGAGAACCAUCAUUUGGCUGUGGGCUUUAAGUUGCUUCAGGAAGAAAAUUGUGACAUUUUCCAGAAUUUGACCAAAAAGCAAAGACAAUCUUUAAGGAAAAUGGUCAUUGACAUUGUACUUGCAACAGACAUGUCAAAACACAUGAAUCUACUGGCUGAUUUGAAAACUAUGGUUGAAACUAAGAAAGUAACAAGUUCUGGGGUUCUUCUUCUUGAUAAUUAUUCUGAUAGGAUUCAGGUCCUUCAGAAUAUGGUGCAUUGUGCAGAUCUGAGCAACCCAACAAAGCCUCUGCAGCUGUAUCGCCAGUGGACAGACCGGAUAAUGGAGGAGUUCUUCCGCCAGGGAGACCGAGAAAGGGAGCGUGGCAUGGAGAUAAGUCCCAUGUGUGACAAGCACAAUGCAUCUGUGGAAAAAUCACAGGUGGGCUUCAUAGACUAUAUUGUUCAUCCACUCUGGGAGACGUGGGCAGACCUUGUACAUCCUGAUGCCCAGGACAUUUUGGACACUUUGGAGGACAAUCGUGAGUGGUACCAGAGCACAAUCCCUCAGAGCCCCUCUCCUGCACCUGAUGACCAAGAAGAGGGCCGACAGGGUCAAACUGAGAAAUUUCAGUUCGAACUAACUUUAGAGGAAGAUGGUGAAUCAGACACCGAAAAGGACAGUGGAAGUCAAGUGGAGGAAGACACUAGUUGCAGUGACUCCAAGACUCUGUGUACUCAAGACUCAGAGUCCACUGAAAUUCCUCUUGAUGAACAGGUGGAAGAGGAGGCAGUAGCAGAAACAGAGGAAAGCCAGCCAGAAGUUUGUGUCAUAGAAGACUAUUCUCCUGACACGUAACAGUGCAAAGUUUGUCAUGCCUUUUUUUUUUUUUAAGUAGAAAAAUUAUUUCCAAAGUGCAUGUCACAUGCCGCAACCAUGGUCACACCUCACUAUCAUCUGCCAGGACGUUGUUGAACAAAACUGACCUUGACUACUCAGUCUGGCGCUCAGGAAUAUCGUAACCAGUUUUUUCACCUCCAUGUCAUCAGAGCAAGGGGACAUUUUCACAAACAGCAUUUUAACACAAUUUCAGCUUCGUAGAGCUGACAAAGCAGAUAAAAUCAACUCCAAAAUGUUUUCAAGGUAGUGUGGCUUAUCAGAUAGCCCAAAAGUGGAUUGGAUUUGGGGGUUCUCUUCUUGUUUGUAACAUUUUCAGAAGUAAUAAGGCAUUUCACGGGUAGAGUGAACUUAGUUGAGGAAGCAACAAAAACGUCAUGAACAGGACAGAGCGUGCGUCUGUUCCCAGGAGGAGGAUGAGCCACAGGAACUGCAUAAUUUUCUAAUUUCAAGUCUUCCUGAUACAUGACUGAAUAGUGUGGUUCAGUGAGCUACACUCACCUCUACAUUUUGUAUGAUAUGUAAAACAGAUUUUUUUGUAGAGCUUACUUUUAUUAUUAAAUGUAUUGAGGUAUUAUAUUUAAAAAAAGAAAACUCUGUUCA